AUGGGGUCGGCCGACUCCAAGCUGAACUUCCGAAAGGCGGUGAUCCAGCUCACCACCAAGACGCAGCCCGUGGAAGCCACCGAUGACGCCUUCUGGGACCAGUUCUGGGCGGACACGGCCACCUCGGUGCAGGAUGUCUUUGCGCUGGUGCCGGCAGCAGAGAUCCGGGCGGUUCGAGAGGAGUCACCCUCCAACCUGGCCACUCUGUGCUACAAGGCAGUCGAGAAGCUGGUGCAGGGAGCCGAGAGCGGCUGCCACUCGGAGAAGGAGAGGCAGAUUGUGCUGAACUGCAGCCGCCUGCUCACCCGCGUGCUGCCCUACAUCUUCGAGGACCCUGACUGGAGGGGCUUCUUCUGGUCCACAGUGCCCGGGGCUGGGCGAGGAGGGCAGGCAGAGGACGGUGACGAGAGCGCCCGGCCGCUGGCCGAGUCCCUGCUCCUGGCCGUCGCGGACUUGCUCUUCUGCCCGGACUUCACCGUGCAGAGCCACCGGCGGAGCACUGUGGACUCGGCAGAGGACAUUCACUCCCUGGACAGCUGUGAAUACAUCUGGGAGGCUGGCGUGGGCUUUGCUCACUCUCCCCAGCCCAACUACAUCCACGACAUGAAUCGGAUGGAGCUGCUGAAACUGCUGCUCACUUGCUUCUCCGAGGCCAUGUACCUGCCCCCAGCUCCAGACAGCAGCAGCAUCAAUCCGUGGGUGCAGUUUUUUUGUUCCACAGAAAACAGACACGCCCUGCCCCUGUUCACCUCGCUCCUGAACACCGUGUGUGCCUAUGACCCUGUGGGCUAUGGGAUCCCCUACAACCACCUGCUCUUCUCCGACUACCGGGAGCCCCUGGUGGAGGAAGCGGCCCAGGUGCUCAUCGUCACCUUGGACCAUGACAGCGCCACCAGCGCCAGCCCCACCGUGGACGGCACCACCACGGGCACCGCCAUGGACGAUGCCGACCCUCCAGGGCCCGAGAACCUGUUUGUGAACUACCUGUCCCGCAUCCAUCGAGAAGAGGACUUCCAGUUCAUCCUCAAGGGCAUAGCCCGGCUGCUGUCCAACCCCCUGCUGCAGACCUACCUGCCCAACUCGACCAAGAAGAUCCAGUUCCAUCAGGAGUUGCUGGUCCUAUUCUGGAAGCUCUGCGACUUCAACAAGAAAUUCCUCUUCUUUGUGCUGAAGAGCAGUGACGUCCUGGACAUCCUGGUUCCCAUCCUCUACUUCCUCAACGAUGCUCGGGCGGAUCAGUCUCGGGUGGGCCUGAUGCACAUUGGCGUCUUCAUCCUGCUGCUUCUGAGCGGGGAGCGGAACUUCGGGGUGCGGCUGAACAAGCCCUACUCCGUGCGCGUGCCCAUGGACAUCCCGGUCUUCACCGGCACCCACGCCGACCUGCUCAUCGUGGUUUUCCACAAGAUCAUCACCAGCGGGCACCAGCGGCUGCAGCCGCUCUUCGACUGUCUGCUCACCAUCGUGGUCAACGUGUCCCCCUACCUCAAGAGUCUGUCCAUGGUGGCCGCCAACAAGCUGCUGCACCUGCUGGAGGCCUUCUCCACCACCUGGUUCCUCUUCUCUGCUGCCCAGAACCACCACCUGGUCUUCUUCCUUCUGGAAGUCUUCAACAACAUCAUCCAGUACCAGUUUGAUGGCAACUCCAACCUGGUCUAUGCCAUCAUCCGGAAGCGCAGCGUCUUCCACCAGCUGGCCAACCUGCCCACCGACCCGCCCGCCAUCCACAAGGCCCUGCAGCGGCGCCGCCGGCCGCCCGAGCCCUUGUCCCGCGCGGGCUCGCAGGAGGGCACCUCCAUGGAGGGGUCCCGCCCCGCCGCGCCCGCCGAGCCUGGCACCCUCAAGACCAGCCUGGUGGCCACCCCAGGCAUUGACAAGCUGACGGAGAAGUCCCAGGUGUCGGAGGAUGGCACCCUGCGGUCCCUGGACUCUGCGCCCCAGCAGAGCUCGGCGGAGGACAGCCCAGCCACGGAGGAGCCCAGCCAGGCUUGGCGGGAGCAGCGGCGACUGUCCAGCGCAUCGGCCAGUGGGCAGUGGAACCCGACGUCGGAGUGGGUCCUCUCCUGGAAGUCGAAGCUGCCGCUGCAAACCAUCAUGAGGCUGCUGCAGGUGCUGGUUCCCCAGGUGGAGAAGAUCUGCAUCGACAAGGGCCUGACGGAUGAGUCGGAGAUCCUGCGGUUCCUGCAGCACGGCACCCUGGUGGGGCUGCUGCCCGUGCCCCACCCCAUCCUCAUCCGCAAGUACCAGGCCAACUCGGGCACGGCCAUGUGGUUCCGCACUUACAUGUGGGGCGUCAUCUACCUGAGGAAUGUGGACCCACCUGUCUGGUACGACACGGAUGUGAAGCUGUUUGAGAUCCAGCGGGUGUGA